CCAGACAACAGCGAUCAGAAGAUCAGUCGCCCACUAUAAAAAUUAGACCAGAAGCUUUUGCUCUCAUUGUUUGAAGUGUGCCAGCGAUUAUGGGCAAGGCACCUAUUAAAGUCCUCAUCACUGGCGCUGCAGGCCAGAUCGGAUAUGCCUUGGCACCACGUGUGGCAAGCGGAUCCAUGCUGGGCGCUGACCAGCCCGUGAUCCUGCACCUGCUCGACAUCCCUCCUGCAGCCCAGUCCCUGGAUGGCGUCAAGAUGGAGCUCAUCGACUCGGCCUUCCCUCUCCUGCAUGGCGUGGUUGCCACAACAGACGUGGACGAGGCCACAAAGGACGUGGAUAUCGCAGUAAUGGUGGGCGGAUUUCCCAGGAAGGCAGGCAUGGAGCGGAAGGAUGUGAUGAGCAAGAACGUCAGCAUCUACAAGAGCCAGGCUUCAGCACUUGAGAAGAAUGCCAAACCAGGCGUCAAGGUGCUGGUGGUGGCCAAUCCUGCCAAUACAAAUGCGCUGAUCCUGAAGGAGAAUGCACCCUCCAUCCCUCCCGAGAACAUCACCUGCCUCACCCGUCUCGACCACAACCGCGCACUCGGCCAGGUGGCGGAGCGCACCGGGACACCUGUCAGCGAGGUGAAGAACGUGAUCAUCUGGGGCAACCACUCGUCCUCGCAGUACCCGGACGUCGCCCACGGCACUGUUGCCGGCAAGCCCAUCAAGGAGGCAGUCGCCGACGACGCCUGGCUGGCCGGAGACUUCAUCUCCACCGUGCAGCAGCGCGGCGCAGCCAUCAUCAAGAUGCGCGGCAUGAGCAGCGCGCUGUCAGCAGCCAGCAGUGCGUGCGACCACAUCAGGGACUGGAUCAAGGGAACACCCUCUGGCACAUGGGUCUCGAUGGGAGUCUUCUCCGACGGCUCCUAUGGCGCCCCUAAGGACGUGGUGUUCUCCUUCCCUGUGGAGUGCAAGGACGGCGGCUGGAGCAUUGUGCAGGGGCUGAAGAUCGAUGACUUUGCUGCUGGAAAGCUGAAGGCCACAGGGGAUGAGCUUGUGGAGGAGAAGGCUCUGGCCCUGGAGUGCCUGGCAGAGUCAAGUCAGUAGAUUUCAAAUGUCAGGGAUGCCAUUUAGUCAUGCAUUGCUUCUGUUCAGCACACUGUGCAGUGUUGGGGCUCUCUAGUUAGAGGUGUAUGCUUUGUGAGCACUGCAUAUUGUUGCGAUGCACAAAAAUAGUGCUUAUGAAAGAAAGCACUGAAGUUUCUGCCUUUAGGACAGGAUCAGGAAGGUUGUCCUCAGAUUUGCCUCUUGCCAGUUGGGCAGCUGUCCUGUGGCAGUGAUCGCUUACUGCCUAUGCAUUUGAAGAGGGAAAGCUUAUCUGAAAGGUUAUAAAGAAAAGGUAGCAUACAAAUCUGCUAUGUAGGGUGUAAGCAACAGUGAUCUUUGGGAUAAUACCACCCUAAGCAGACUGUAUCAGCACAAUGCCCAACGCAUCAUACACUCAACCUACACAUGCCAAACAGAAGUCAUACAAGGAGCUCAGGCCACUCGAAAACAUGACACCGUAUGGUCAGUCACAUAAAUCAAUCUAUGAUGUGGCGACAAAAUACACAGCAAGGCACGCAUGAUAGUAGACACAGAUUCAGAUUCAAGGAGACAAAACCAAAUUUGUUCACACCAACCGCGAUUCCCAGGAGACCUUCACUAUUAUACGGUGAAGAAAGGCAACUUGGCAGGCACAAUCGUACUUCCGUCCAUUUUUGCUUGCAAGGACAUCACAUGCAUCCCACCAUGGCUGGACUUAAAAAAGGAAAUUGCCCGCCGGUAUGACUCUCAACUACGCAAAGAGGUUCCAUUGUUUAUCAAACCCCUGUCGUUCACGGUCUUCACCUUUGGAGACCUGAUCUAUCUUAGACCUGAUAAUUCUUAAUAUUAGUCCUUACAAAGACCUACUCGGCCUCCAGCGGGACUGUGAGGGGCGUUCC